AUGAAUAUACGACUGACUUCGGACUCUCUGCGCAUGUUCUUGAACAUGGGAAUCCCACGCUCCAGUUUGCCGAAUACUAUUCGCGAAGCUUGUGAGCUUUGUAUCGGCAUUGGCAUCCGCUAUUUAUGGGUGGACAGUCUCUGCAUCCUUCAAGACGUUAAAAGUGACUGGGUGGAACAAUCGUCCUUAAUGGGUAUGUUGUUUAACAAGUCAACCCUCACGAUCUCAGCUGCAAGGAGCAAGAGUUGCAACACUGGCAUCUUCGUCGAAGAUCGGGAUAAAGUGGUAGAAAUCGCCAAGCUCAAGUGUCGUACGAAUGACAACAACAGUAGUGUCUGCUGGGUCCGCGAGAUGGACCAGGCGUUCGACGGCACUAGGGAACCAACCGAAUACCGAGCUUGGACCCAACAGGAGACUUUAUUGUCACGCAGAGUCUUCACGCUUGGCACAUAUCAGCUCUCGUGGCAAUGUGCGACAUCGUACUGGAACGAGAGCGGCCGAAUGCUAGCACCGUCGCCAUACAUGAAGGAAAUGUUUCCAUGCCCUAUACUGCAUGAUUCCUUAAAGCUGUAUGAUGACGAAAAGGCAGAGCAGCCAGAGGGCGACGCAUUGCUGAGAGUCUGGCAUGAAUUAGUCUCUGAUUAUGCUCGUCGGAAGCUGACUAUGGCGAAAGACAAAUUGCCCGCAAUAUCUGCAGUAGCUAAAUGGCUGUCUGCACAUAGCGCUUUAACAGAGGACUACGUAGCUGGCCUUUGGCUGUCGCGUCUCCCUGCAGACCUAAUGUGGUUUCACACUCUCACCUUCCCGGCUGAGACAAGCCAAGUGGUCAGACCCACCUCCUACCGCGCCCCUUCGUGGAGUUGGGCAUCACUUGAUUGCAGCCGUCUGGAAUGGUAUGACAUCGGGACUGAAGCCAUAAAAGCGAAAGUCAUUGGCCACAAGCUGGAGUACAGAAGUGCGGAUACCUUUGCAGAAGUCCAAGGUGGGUACUUGGACAUUGAUGCUCUAGUGAGGACCGCCUGGCUAGUACCUCAAACGUCUUAUCCGGAGGCAUAUGAGCUGUGGGAUGAUGACUGGCAAUCAGCUCUCUGCGGCACAAACUCAACUUCCACGGGUAGUGCUUCUGGUCGGGUGUAUCUGGAUGCGUACGAUGAGGAUGAAUUGCUUUGCGUCAACCAACUGAAGAAAGCUGACCGAGUACAAGAACGCGAAUGUGUCGCAGGAGAUCCUGUAAUCUACUGGGUAGGCGGUGACCCGCGAUGGUCUGAACAACGCUAG